GGGGUGGGAAAUAUCACGGCCGAAAAUAUUGUUGGUGCUUACAGAAGAAUUUUCUCUACAUGUGAGGCUGGGGGUGUCACCUCAAGUCCUGUGGCAAUCAAAUGUUUCCAAUUUGCCCGAUUAAGGAAUCACGCAGAUAGCGAAUUUUAUUAUAAAGAUUAUACGUGGAUUGGAAAUGAAAAGGUGUCGGCGUCGUUGGCGAUUUUAAUGGGCGUUGCUCAUUUGAUGGUGAACCAGUGGAAUGAGAGUUUCUUGUGGGUAUUGAAGGUCUUCUUCUACCUGGAAAUCCUAAUCCCUUACGAACUCCGCAACGCUUCUUUGCACUACAAAGAUUUUUCCUCCUCUACCACCUGCUCCUUGAUUUCCCUAAUUCAAUUGUUCAGUUUGUUUUGGUGGCUCGCCAUUUUAUCAAUAGUCGCGCACAUAUUUAUGGUCGCAUUAUUUGCAUUUAUGAAAUAUUGUUCUGGUCAAUUCGAUGCCGAUCGUAACAAAUUUGUUCUGAACAUGUGCCAAUUGAUGGAUGUUAAGCGGCCGGAGAAUUUGGGCAAUGAGAAGAUCUACGAAACGCGGUCAGUGAACAGCGAUGGUGAACUUAAUGGAAACAUCAGGAGUACGGGAUGGGGAAUUUGCAAUGGUGACGAGAGACGACUUAGGACUGAAUUUCGAAAUUCGCGCGACCCUAAUGGCAUAAGUGUUAGUUUCAACACCAAUUCAAAUAGCAGUUAUGUCGUGAACAUUUAUGCAAGUGAGGACAGCAGUAAGUCUAAUGAAAUUGUGGUUAACAUUGAGAACAUUAAGGAGUAA